GCCUGCGGGGAUUGGCGGAAGGAACCGGUACUCACUCUCUUUCCCGCGACGUAGGUGGGUGGAGAAGCGAGGCUGGGCCGCCGCGGAGACACAACUCGUGAUUGGCGGGUGUGCUUUCAUUCGGGCUCUAGCGUUUGGUGGCUGACCAACUGAGCAGCGCUGAUUGGGCAGCAGCGUAAAGGGGAGGGCCCCGCCCUGAUCCCGCCCCGAUCCCGCCCCGCCGCUGGGACAGACUGGCGGAAGGGGAAGUGGGGGGGGGGGGGGGGCCGGCGGCGGCGGGGAAGAUGGCGUACCAGAGCCUCCGGUUGGAGUACCUGCAGAUCCCACCGGUCAGCCGCGCCUACACCACCGCCUGCGUCCUCACCACCGCCGCUGUGCAGUUGGAAUUGAUCACACCUUUUCAGUUGUACUUCAAUCCCGAAUUAAUCUUUAAACACUUUCAAAUAUGGAGGCUAAUCACCAAUUUCUUAUUUUUUGGGCCAGUUGGAUUCAAUUUUUUAUUUAACAUGAUUUUUCUAUAUCGUUACUGUCGAAUGCUAGAAGAAGGCUCUUUCCGAGGUCGGACAGCAGACUUUGUAUUUAUGUUCCUUUUUGGUGGAUUCUUAAUGACUCUUUUUGGUUUGUUUGUGAGCUUAGUUUUCUUGGGCCAGGCCUUUACAAUAAUGCUUGUCUACGUGUGGAGCCGAAGGAACCCGUAUGUCCGCAUGAACUUCUUCGGCCUUCUCAAUUUCCAGGCCCCCUUUCUACCCUGGGUGCUCAUGGGCUUUUCCUUGUUGUUGGGGAACUCAAUCAUUGUGGACCUCUUGGGUAUUGCAGUUGGACACAUAUAUUUUUUCUUGGAAGAUGUAUUUCCCAAUCAACCUGGUGGAAUAAGAAUUUUGAAAACACCAUCUAUUCUGAAGGCUAUUUUUGAUACACCAGAUGAAGAUCCAAAUUACAAUCCACUACCUGAAGAGCGGCCAGGAGGCUUUGCCUGGGGUGAGGGCCAGCGCCUCGGCGGCUAAAGUGGCAGUGCCAAUAACGAGACCCAGCUGGGAAGGACUCAGUGACAUACCCAUUGGGAUUCUUUUAUCCUUUGUGUUGCAAAAGUAUGGACACUUUUGACAGCUUGACAAGAUUUUGACUCCAGAAGCACUUUAUGAAAUGACACACUGAUUAAUCCAGAAGACAUUUCCAGCAGUUUGCCAGUGGUUCCUCACUACACUGGUACUGAAAGUGUAAUCUCUUGGAGCCAAAAAACUGGAGACACAAAUAGCCUGCUGCCUCUAAGGAACAAGUACCUGAGUACUUGAGUUCUGUGGUGACGGGCAGAGUUUUUCCUCUUCCUCCUCCUCUUUGAUAGACGAGGCCAUGGUGUAAAUGGAAGUUUCAGAGAGGACAAAAUAAAACUGAAUUCCAUCUCUCUCUCACUGAA